AUGCUGUUCUCAUGUCGUCAUAUUAUUUUAUACUUUUUUACUUCAUUAAUUGUUACUGUCUUUGGCCAAAGCACAUGUGAAGAUUAUUCUCCUGAUCCGACGAGUUGUGAAAAAUUUAUUCGAUGUUUUCAUAAUCUACGUAUUAAAUUUACUUGUCCUCCUGGUACAGCAUGGGAAGAUUCAUUGAAAACAUGCGUAUGGAAAGAAUAUGUUGAAGCGUGCAAUGUAGGCAAUCUAGUAAAUCAACGUAAUCUCGAUGAUUCCGAAAUGGCAACAUAUGAAGCUGACCCAUACGCUCUUGACGAUAUUCCAGUAGGUAGAACAUUAGCUGAAGCUCGCGCUCUUGGACCUUUAGUAACACCUAAACAAUAUCAAUGCACAUUAUGUAAUGUUGGUGUUUGUGGCGGUACUACGACUACUCUUCAAUGUUAUUGUGGUAACGCUCAGUGUCCACCAACAGCGCCAAAUCAACAACAAAAUCUAUGUAGUCAAAAUCCAUGCCUCAACGGCGGCCGAUGUAUGUCAAAUGGACAGGGAUUUAUUUGUCAAUGUCCACCAACAUUUACUGGCAAUCGUUGUGAAGCGCCUGCUGUUACACCAUGUCAACCAAGUCCUUGUCAAAAUGGUGGAAUAUGUAUACCUCAAGGUGCAUCGUUUAUGUGUCAAUGUCCAUCGACAUUUUACGGUCGUUGUUGCGAAAUACCAGUCACAACCACACCACGAGCUAAUCCAUGUGCUGUGGUUCCUUGCCGAAGCGGUGGACAAUGUAUUCCUUCGGGCGCAUCUUAUAUCUGCCAAUGUCCUAUGGGAUAUUCUGGUUCGCAAUGUGAACUGCGAAAUUAUUGUAUGCCUAAUCCAUGUGCUAAUAAUGGUCUUUGUCAACAGACGACUACUGGUUAUAUUUGUAGAUGCACUUAUCCGUUUACUGGCACCAAUUGCCAACAAAUGAUUACUGCAGCUCCAACAACAGCAACAACUCCGCUAGCUACACGAGCACCUUGUGGUCUAGCUUGUGCAUGCACGGUAGUGCCGUGUCCAGUUUAUAUUGUGAUAAAUCCAUGUCUGCCGAAUCCAUGUCUCAACAUGGGAUCAUGUGGAAUUCAAAAUAAUGGAGCACAAUGUUAUUGUUCGAGUUCCUAUACUGGCUAUUAUUGUCAACAUCUUCGUACUGGUCGAUCAUUGAUAUCAAACGCAUGUAAUAAGACAUGUCUUCAUGGUGGUAAAUGUUUUCUAGAUGGCAUGAAUGCUGGUCAAGCUCGAUGUUCAUGUCCAUCUGAAUAUUAUGGACCUGAAUGUGAAUUUGUGAAUCGACCAAAAUCAUGUUCACCGAAAAAUCCAUGUAUGAAUAAUGCACAAUGUAUUACAACAAAAUCAAAUUCAGAAUGUGUCUGUAAAAAUGGUACAUCGGGUAUUUUAUGUGAAAAAAUUAAACGAUCCAAUGAUCGGCAAUACUGUCCACUUAAUUGUCAAGCUGGUGGCACAUGUGUUUAUGUAAAAACCGAAUCAAAAUGUCGUUGUACAAAAGGUCGAAGUGGUCGCUUAUGCGAAUUAAGUUCUGAUAAAUCCUUAUCGACUAAUGAAGAUGAUAUUGAUAUGCUUGAAUAA